AUGAAGGUGCUUUUCAUUGGUGGUACAUGCAUAGGACUGAAUCCAGUCACGGGACUUACACAAAAGGACUUGUCUAAAAUGAGGUUCACAAGGUGCUCCUGGAAGCUUUUGUUUGCUGUGGUAAUGGCUAUUUUCCAGUCCAUAGGAACCUGCUUAUGUUUCUACAGGCUGUUCAGGAUGCCAUCGUCUCUUUCUGCUUUAGCUUUCGUAAUAUUCUUUUCAACAGCCUCCCUCACCACAUAUUCGUUUAUGUGGAUCGCCUCAAAAUGGCCGGCUCUGAUGAAGGAGCUGAUCAGCUCUAAGCUGGAUGAGUACAUUGACCCUAACGUUAUACGGAAAUGCAACAUAGCGUGCUGUGGUUUCAUGGGAAUGGCCACCAUGGAACACGUGAUGUCAAUAAUAUCGAGGAUCGGUAGGAUACUGGAGUGCAACGGGGAUACUGGAGUGGAUGUGGGCGAGGUGUUCAUCAAAGUGACGUCACCGUGGCUGUAUGAACUAGAUGUGCCUUACAUUGUGGGUCUUGCAGUUGUUUUGCAGUACUUUAAUAUAGUGGCGACAGCUACUUGGAACUAUGCAGAUAUCUUCAUUGUGAACAUGAGUCUGUACCUCACUUCGAUAUUGCAACAGAUUAACAAAAAGAUUGCAGCCACUGCUAGUAAGAACUAUGUCCCCGCAUCAAAAUGGGGAGAGUUAAGGGAGGACUACACUCGAGCUAUGAACCUGGUAAAACGGUUUGAUGACGUGCUGAGCGGGAUCGUGCUGAUAUCGUUCGCUAAUGAUCUCUUCUUCAUAUGUAUGCAGCUUUAUAAUAUACUAGCGAAUAAUAUAAGAACUACGCAAGUUCUUACUAAAAUGUGUCCAGCAUACGAGAAUAGUAAGUUCCAUUCAAUGUGCAUUUCUACCGUCCUCUUCAAAAACUACAAAGUUUCUUUGUUACUAAAAACCAGGUUAAAAUUUUCAUUUUCCAGUUACACCCGAUACUACAUAUACCCAGCUUACCUGACGUAUUCGUCUGUGUAUCUGUUCGUUCGAUUCCUGGCCGUGGCACUGGUGGCGGCGCGCAUACAUUCAGCGUCAUUGGUACCGGGGCCCAUCCUGUUCGCUGUACCUGCCACCUCGUAUUGCAAAGAGGUUGAAAGGUUUCAGAACCAAGUGAACGAUGGGGUCGUGGUCGCGUUCAGUGGACUACAUUUCUUUUACAUCACUCGAGAUUUGGUACUUACCAUUGCCGGCACCAUAGUUACGUAUGAACUGGUACUUCUACAGUUUAGUACGGACGAUGGAAAGUCCUAAAUUAUAAACAAAACCUCGACCAUUUUAAUUUCUUCUACAAACUUGUAAAAAACUUCUCGCUCUAUAUUUUAUAACAAAAAAGAAAAAAACUUUUAAAAUAAGAACACAAUGUUACCAACUUUUAAAUGUAAAAACUGUUGCCUUGUUCUGAAUUCGAAUUAAAAGUAAAAAGUUUGAUUGAAAAUAGUUUUAAAAAUGUAACAAUUGGAAUACUCGAUAAGUCUAAUAAUAUAAAAUAGAGAAUUGUUCUCGUAAAUAAUAAAAAAGCAAUAAAAUAAAAUUGUGUUUUCAAUUGGAAACUGAUGUUCCAUUGUUGGCAUGUUUUUGCCAACUAUCCCAAUUUUGUUGGUAGUGAUUGUUUUAGUGGAAGCAGUGCCGAUAUCUGACUUACUUAAUGAGAACAUGCCAAGCAAUCGUGAAUGUAGGAAAGUAUGCCAGGAUCUGCCCGAACUAGAUCUGGAGCCAGUCUGCAUGAUGUUCAGCCGGUAUAAGAAGGGAUUCCAGUACUUCGUCAACAUGUGUCAUGCGAGACGAGCUGUCUGCAAGGAGAAUGUUUUGUUACACGUAGUUCAUCCAAGCAGAUGUAAAAAGAGUAACCAAUUCUUCCUGCCAGUAGUUUAAGACUCAUACUCAAUUUAAGAUUAACAUACAUGAUUGAAGAUAACACAAAGAACGCAAACCGAAGAUCUUCAGAAAAAGAAACAGAGACAGGCGUUAAUUACUAUAUAAAAGAUAUAAGUACACACAAUAAACAAUAAUAUCUGGUAGAGAAUGCCAUAUUGGCAUUAAGUCCACCUCUGUCUGAUUGUACAUAAAGUGUAAAUACAUUUACUCCAAUUAAACCAAAAGGCACCAAAUACCAUCAAAUAUAAUCACAAAGUAAUCAUGAGAACAUAGCCUUAAAUCAACCUUCAAAUCAUAACCUAAAAAAACAUCGCAACCUGAAAUACUUUUAGCUCUAACACUGUAUAAGAAAGUAAGUAAAGAAUCAGUAAAAUUGGGUUAUUCAUUUUGCCUAUUCAAAAAUCCCUUACAAAGAAUUUUCUACCCCUUCCUCGUCUUAAUUGUGUAGUUAAUAAGAUCACGAGAAACGAGCCGAAGGAAAGACAGAAAUAAUGCGAAUUUGUUUUGCUCUCUUUCGUGUUUUUUGCUCCGUACCUGAAGUCCGGAGCUAAACGGAUUGUCGUUUUCAGUAUACUUUUAAAACAUUCCUUUUUUAAGUUGAAACGACUAAACUGGCUCAGAUAACUGAGCAUAAAACCAUGUUUUACACACACAUAGGCACAUUACGGUUAAGACAGAGUAGAAUACAUUAAAUUCGUAUAAUUCUGUAUAAACUGACUAACGGACUACACAUUUAACAGAGACCGGACAGCAGCGCUCUUUGAUAAAUCUGUUAUACCAUUUAAACAGCAAUUGUCAGCAACAUGCUUACCAUGCGUGGAUAUUAUAACAAAUCCUCUGACGUAACGGAGGCACUAAGCCUAGUAUGGAUUGUGUCUGGUUACACUAACACAACGCUUGUUAGUACAAGCGGAAUGAAAACUAAAAAAAAUAAUUGUGUAGCAUGGAUCAACGGAAACUAACACCGAUUCUAUACUGUCACAGGUUGUAGACGAUUUAGCGGAAUUAAAGCAACAUAAAAUAUUAUACAGACGUCCAAAUACGGCCAUCAGUUUGUCUAUCACAAAAAUAAAUACAGAAUGACGAUGUUGGUAAAAUCUUUCAAAAAUAUAAAAGUAACAGGAAUUCGAUGGAAUGUAAAUUUUUUAUAAGUUAAAAAUUGAAAAACAUGUAUAAUACGUAGGACAAUUAUUUUUUGUAUCGUGCCAAAAUCCAAUUAUAAAACUGAAUGCACCAUAUACUAAAAAGUCUAUAAACCAUUGACUGCCUAAAAUUAUGUCUGAUAUAGAAUGCGAAAACUCUACUUAAUGAGAAUGGACGCAACAAUAACCAAGGUUCCCAAGGUCAUUCUAGUUUAGGAAAACACGGAACACAAACACAAAGAGUAACUGUCGUUUCAUUCUGUUAAUUACGAAGCGACCCCUUUCUUUUUUUCCUCACAAACACCGACUAUAUUACACAUCAUGUCCGUACGUGUCCUAUGCAAAAUAUAAUUAUUCGUU